GAAGGCUCCACAGCCAAAUGCAGCGAUUGUUAACAAGCAACAGGGCCUUGAAAAAACUCUACCAAAAACUCAAAAGUAAAUUAGUUUGAUCCUGUGGCUCUCACACCCUUUUAUGGGAUUGGCUUUCCCUUUAAUGGGUCUGUUAUUUUUUUCUUUAUCUACAACCUUAAUGCUUUAGGAAUGGGCUCUCGGACGCUUUCUUUGGCUGUGGAGGAGCAGCUUCGUAGCCUCUGUCUGAAGGACUUUCCAUGUGGGCAUGGCUGUUGGAGCAAAUCCAGAGGGAGUAUCUUUGAGGAACAUAGUUGGGGCUACAGCGAGCAGGACGAGGGGAGAGAAGGUGCAGCCAAGGAGGAGGAGGAGGCCCUUAUGGAGCACUUGAGCAGUCCACUGUCCCCAUGGCGACAUGAGGGGUCAUGGAGCCCCCAAGCCCCAACACUGAGAGAGCUGUCCGUGCGAACACCUGAACUUCUCCAUGGCAACUUCAUAUUCAGCCACUUCAACACUCUACGUAUUGUAGACAAGGGUGUCUCCAUAGUCGAUGAUGGCGUGCUCAGGUUCUCCAAUCUAAGAGAGUUAGUGCUGAGUGCCAACAAAAUUUCUGAACUACAAGCAGAGUACCUGCCCUGCACUUUACAAGUUUUGGAGCUCUACGCCAACCAGGUUUCUAGCCUUAAAGGUCUUAGCAGCCAGCCUCUACCCUGCCUUCAGCAUCUGGGUCUGGGCUGCAACAGGCUGGGUUCCCCCGCAGACAUCCAGUACCUCACUGGAACUCUAUGGCCACGACUGGUAUCUCUGGACCUGAGCUGGUCUGGCUUCCAAGGACAGCGUGCCCUAGUGGAUGCCCUGGCCACCCUGCCUUGCCUGAGGACCUUGGUGCUGGAGGGCAACCCCCUUACCCUCACCCCUUCCUACCCAGGCUUCAUCCUGGACAGCCUCCCGCGGCUGCUCUACCUGGACGCCACACGGGUUACACCGGAUGAUCACCAUCGCUUUGAAGGCCUGGCCAAGAUGAGAGACUGGAUAGUGGACCAGGCCAUGGCAACAGUGACGGUGCGAAGGAUCAGGGGUGUCCCGGACCCACUGCUGACUGUGGAUGAGAGUGCCCCUGAGUUCCCUGUGGUCAGCUUCAGCUACUUUGUCAACUAUGAGUUCCUCAGCCAACCACCCCCUGGCAAUAAGCAGGCUGGCAGUGACACUGCAUCCACAUCUGAUCCAAUGACACCCAUAGCGGAGAAGAUGGAUGGGGGCAUCGUUGGUAUCUAUCAGACACCAAAAGAGAGCUGUGAGGAGGAAACAACCAACACUCCAAUACCAGACACCCCAGCCAGGACAAUGGAGAGUUUGGAAACUAACCAUUGUUCCAUUGAUGUGAUAAUGAACAGCACACAUAAGCUGGCAUGGGCAGAGUCCAUGGACUAUGACCACACAAGUGUGCAUAGUUUUGGUGACCUGGGGUCCUUCAAGUUCUUUGUCCUUCGUGGGCUCUGGUUGACUGUGGAGGAGGAGAAGGUCCUCUCAUGGCCUGCCCCUUCAGAAGAACAGCCAAUAACCACAUCUACAACAGAAAAGAAAGGGGGGAAAGAGUGUGUGCGACCACCAAGCAACACUUGUUCCAAUCAAAAAUCAAAAGACAAGAAGAAGAAGAAAGACUCAAUAAUGGACCUGGUCCAGGACACUCCCAUCAGAAGAACCCUGGGCUCGAUCCAUGUGCCACUACAGGACCUGGUGUCUGGUGAUCAGAGAGUUGAUGCCCUGUGCAACCUUGGGGUGCUGCUCACAGAGCAAAGCACCAGGGCCAUGCCACCCCGAGAUAAGGACCCAAGUAAGAAAGCCAAACAUGACAAGAAGAAGGAGGACAAGAAAACUAAGUCAAGUGCUGACAGUGCAGGGGGGCAGAAGAAUGUUGCACCACCCUCUAAAAGUAAAGGAAAAGAAUGGAAGGAAAGCCAGGCAGAUUUCCGCAUAGACGACAACUCUGCUCCCAGUCCAAACCAGUUCGAGUCAAUGACUGUGGAGUUCACUGUACAUCUGGAUAAAUGGCAUUCAGCCUCAGAAGCUCAUCAUCUGGUUCACCCAUGA